CUCUCUGUCUCUCUCUCUCUCUCUCUCUCUCUCUGUCUCUCUCCCUCUCUCUCUCUCUCUCUCUCUCUCUCUCUCUCUCCCCCUCUCUCCCGGCUUAUUACGCAACUGAACUGCAGGGGAGCUCAACCGGUGGCCCAAAGAAAAGACAGCCUCUCUUUCUUUCCGUAAUGUUUUUUCAGUCUAUAUUUGCCCUCAGAUGUCGCAGAAGAACUUGAGUAAACAGUGCCGAAAGCUUCAGGCCACCUACUGGUAAAAACAGACGAAACUGCAGGAGUGUAUUUCAGCGACGGACCGCAGCAUCAGUCGGUCAGUCAGCGAGGCGAUGCUGCUGCUGCUGUUCUUCUGAUGUUACAGCGUUGAAGCUCGAGUACACGAAGCGGAGAAGAAGUCCAGCUCUGGUCGAGAUGGUGGGCAAAGUUUGACACUACUGCCAAAGCAGGACAACGAAGGAAACGUGCCAGCUAGCCAGCCAACCAGCCAACCAGCCAUGUCCAUAACCCGAGAGGUGCUCCUGGUGGGAGAAGGAAACUUCUCCUUCGCAGCAGCGCUGAGCGAGAGCCUGGCGCCCGGCGUCCGAGUUACAGGCACCUGUUUGCAGCCUGAGGCCGAAGCCCUUUCUCGGGAAAACGCCGAGAAGAACAUCCAGCAUCUCCGAGACCGGGGCUCUACUGUCCUUUUUGGGGUGGACUGCACAUGCUUAAAGGAGCAUGAGGUCAUUCAGCAUCAUCUUUAUGACUGCAUCAUCUUCAAUUUUCCUCACUGUGGCCGUAAAAGCGGCGUCAAGAAGAACCGUACCCUCCUGGCCAAGUUCUUUGCGAGCUGUGCCGAAGUGCUUAAGGACAAUGGAGAAGUGCACGUGGCUUUGUGCAACGGACAAGGCGGCACUCCAUACGACAACCCCAUGAGAGAGUGGCACAAUAGCUGGCAGGCAGUUGCCAUGGCAGCAGAGGCAGGACUCAUCCUCAGUGAAAUUCACCCAUUUGAUCGUGACAAAUAUCAAGGUUACAGAUGCACAGGUUACAGGAGUCAAGACAAAGGUUUUCAUGUAGAAGGGGCACUGAACCACGUUUUUACCCGGAGUCUGCCAUACACCAUGCCAGAGAAGCUGAAAAUGGUCACAACAAUUGGAAAGGAGGCCGUGAGCUUUGAGGUUCCAGAAGAACUGAGUGAAUAUGUGAACAGGGAUUUCCUCAGCCAACAGUCACACCAUCCUGUAAAAAUCGUGCUGGAGCAGCUGCUUAGAGAGAUUAAAUCCUCAUGGCCCGUGUGCACAGUUAUUGGCAACUUCCCAGAGUUGCUUACCUGCUCCCCAGAGAAACUCCGGUCUUGUGGCUUGAACUUGACCCCUUCUGAUGUCUACUGGAUCAAGCCCAUUGAAACCCACCCUCUUAACCAAUGCGAGGACAGCAUGAAAGACUGUGAGCCCAUGGGGGAUCAACAGAGCUCUGGUGGGAGCUAUGCUCUGCGACCAUCUCUGUUACUGCAUGUGCAGGAGAUCAUGCAGAAUGAGGACUUUAGCCCUGGAACUCUUCAUGCAUUGAGUGGCCUGGUUUUCCAGAGAGUCCCCAUAUCCUGUAACCGUUACCCUGCCUACCAUCAGCUUCUCCUAGUCGGUGUGUUACCCUCCAAAUCUCAGCCCCUGCAGUGCCUCAGAGACUGCAUGGAAGCUCUACUCUCACCUUACAAUGUGUCCUUCAAGGAGGAGCACCUUGGAGAGGAGCAUCAAAUCUGGGUGUACUCCCAAGAUGUCCAGAACUUUGGCAGGAUGACGUCUGUCCCUGUCCCAGGAUCCGACUUCCAGGGUUCUCUCCAACUUUGCGUGUUAUUGCUGAAUAUAGACCACUUGGCCACCCUGAUCUUUUCCAUCCCUGACUGGAGACUGCUGUGGAGCGCUGACCCCCGCUUCCUUGCACAUUUCGAACCACGGCCUAUUGGUCCCUUCCGGCCCUUCUCGCUGUACCCACCAAGCUAUUCUCAUGACAUCAGCUUCUGGAUGGAACCGGACAGCUUCGAUGAGCUUGAUUUCCAUGCUGUGGUGCGGGUGGCCACAGGUGGCGCGGUCAAGAAUGUGAAACUGGUGGACCGCUUCCGUCACCCGCACAUGGGCCAUGCCAGUCUGUGCUACCGGCUGGAUUACCAGUCGCCCGACCGCGCCCUGUCCCACAGCCAGGUACUGGGCCUGCAGAACCAGCUUCGCAGACUGUUGCCUCUUCGUUUGCAAGUGACCCUCAGGUAA